CAAGUACUUCUCGAAGUGGACGGACACGUCAACAAUUUUUACCAAAAAAUGCCAAUAGGGCCAAAAUGCUUUCACCUAAUAUUAUAUCAAUAUUGCAGGAUUCUAAUUUUUGGAUUGUUCUUUAUGAACUUCAAGAUUUAUUGUUUCCAUUAUGUGGAAUAUUAAAUAAACUUCAAAAAAAUA